UGAAAAUGGCAUGGCAACGUGAUGGAAAUAUACCCCUAAGCGCGCUCAACCAACAAUAUUUACAAGCCAAUUCCACCAGCCACACCUGGCCUUUUGGGGCAUUUGCUGAGCUAAUCGACAAUGCCUACGACCCAGACGUCAAUGCCAAACAGCAAUGGAUCGACUCGACUCAGAUACGGACAAUGGACUGCCUGAUCUUCAGUGACAAUGGGGCUGGUCUGGACUAUAACAACAUGCUCAAGAUGAUGAGUUUUGGCUACAGUAACAAGAAGACAAUUAAGCUCCUGUCUCAGACGUACCUGAAAGCCAUUCAGGCUCAGCAUAUUGUGGUGCCCAUCAUCUGCUAUCAUCGUGAUAGCCUGGAAGCUAUUCUGAAACACUCACUGUUUGGAACAGAGGAGGAGCUACUGCAGGAGUUGCAGGCCAUCAAUACCACCAAUUCCUCCACAGGAACCAGGAUCAUCACAUGGAACCUACGCAGGUUCAGAAGGGAGAUGGAGUUUGAUUUCGAAAAGGACCGGUACGACAUACAGAUCCGACGUGUGGAUUUGGGUAAUGAUAACAACCAUCAGGACCCCAACAAGGUCUCCGAACCAGAGAGCCAAUACUCCCUGCGUGCAUACUGCAGCAUUCUGUACCUGAAGCCCCGAAUGCAGAUCAUCAUCAGGGGACAGAAGGUGCGGACUCAGCUGGUCUCCAAAAGUCUGGCUCUCACCUGCAAGGACCGAUAUACGCCACAAUUUCUGAAGAAGAAUAUCAACAUUACCUUUGGGUACAACACCAGAAACAAGGAGAAUUGUGGUGUAAUGAUGUACUACAAAAAUCGACUGAUACGAGCGUAUGAGCGUGUUGGCUGCCAGCGCAAGGCCACACCGAAGGCUAUGGGAGUUAUCGGCAUUAUAGAGUGCGACUUCCUCGCACCAACACACAACAAGCAGGACUUUGAUGCCACAGAGGAGUACAGGAAAGUAAAACAGAAGCUGGGGGAGAAUCUGGAGGAAUACUGGUGUGAAAUACGCUACAUAAAAUCGAAAAAGGAUCCAAGCUGCGACUUGGCAAUAGAGGACACCGAGCUCAUCAGCUCAUCAGACUCAUCAGCAUUUAAGGAAAGCAUUCCUUUUUUCAACUUCAGAUCAACAUUGCUACUGCCGUGUAUAAGGUUUCUGUCACACAAACACCGGAAUGGCUUCCCAUGGCUUUUUUUAAACAUAUAGGUCACAUACAGUAUAAGUAGAUACAGUAACAGAUACUCAAGCAAACAAACAGUUAAAAUAAAGCAGCUUUAAUUUAAGGGGUUUUGCAUCCAUAUUAGGUGAACAGUAUAGGAAUUGUAGCCAUGAAAAGAGCUCACAAAACAAGCAGUACAGGCCUGUAUAAAAAAGGCUGUAAUUCCUACAUGGUUCACACAAUAUGGACCCCUAAAUCUGAAAGUCUUUCAGCACACAUGAUUGUUUUAUUUCAACUGAGUAUAGAGCGAACACAACAAAUGCCCAAAUACUUACGGUCUGCACUGUAUAUGUGU